AUGUGGCGGCGUGAGCGAAGCGGUCGCGCCAUCGGGCAGGGUCCCCGACUAGGCGAACGCCGGCUGGCCGGCAACGGCCCGGUGUCGCCGGAGCCAAAGGCGCACGAAGGGCUCACGAACGGCUCCAAAGCCGCACAAAAGCCGAUCGCGUACGCCGGCUGCAUCCAGUUCGCCGCUCCAGCUCCAGUCGUCUAUCGUUCGUCGACGGGGGUGGUUUCAGGAUUCGAUCGUUACGCGUUUUGCGCCCUGUCUUGGCUCGAGCUCGCUGCCUCCUCCCCGACUAUGCUGUUCGAGAACCCGCCGGGUAAGUUGUUCGCGCCGUACAACGUGCCGCCUCCGGUGUCGGUGUUGCCGCCGCCAAUGCACGGUUCUAACAUGGGCGAAGGAAAUGGUCUGAUCGACCACCAUGAUCUACACAACAGUCUAGUGCCCAUAAACGGCAGUCACUCUGGAUCAUCUGGUCGCAGUACGCCCAACAACGCCAGCGAUCCAGCCCCUGGAAAGCUCUUCGUGGGCGGCUUGAGUUGGCAGACUUCCUGCGAGAAACUCAAGGAAUAUUUCGGGAUGUUCGGAAACGUCACGGACGUCCUCAUCAUGAAGGAUCCAGUCACCCAGCGGAGCCGAGGUUUCGGGUUCAUCACGUUCUCGGAACCGUCGAGCGUGGACAACGUCCUCAAGGUGCCCAUUCACACGUUGGACGGCAAGAAAAUCGAUCCGAAGCACGCCACGCCGAAGAACCGGCCGAAGCAGCCCAACAAGACGAAGAAGAUCUUCGUCGGCGGCGUCAGCCAGGACACGUCCGCCGACGAGGUGAAGGCCUAUUUCAGUCAAUUCGGCAAGGUCGAGGAGACCGUCAUGCUGAUGGACCAGCAGACCAAGCGCCACCGAGGCUUCGGCUUCGUGACCUUCGAAAACGAGGACGUGGUGGACAGAGUGUGCGAGAUCCAUUUCCACACUAUCAAGAACAAAAAGGUGGAAUGCAAAAAGGCGCAGCCCAAGGAAACGGUCCAAGCGAGCGCCCAGCUGCUGGGCAAGCGGCUGAUGCUGACGGGUCUGGGCAUGCGCGCGAUAGCGCCAUCGCCGGGCGUCUUGGCGACAGUGAAUCCCUUGGGAACGGUCCAAGCGCAGGCCCAUCUGCAGGCGGUGCAAGCGGCGGCGGCGGCCGCCCAGGCGCAGCCCAUGGCGCUGGCGACGUACGGAAAGCUGUUCGGCACCUAUCCCCAUCUGGCCAGCUACCGGUUCUCGCCGUACCCGAUGGGAGCGGUGGGAGCCGGUGCUGCGGCGGCGGCCGCCACCAACACGAACCCGGCGCCCGCGGCGCAGGCGGCUACGGCCCCGCCGACGGCGCUGGCCCCGCCGGUGCCGGCCAGUCCUUACCAAGGCUAUAAUCUCACCAAUGUCGAUAUGUCAUCAUUCCAGGGCGUCGAUUGGGGAUCCAUGUACGGUGUCGGCAUGUACGUUUAAGUGCUCGCCCUUCGCACGCCCUUCGUUUACUUGACGUAUUUUUUUUUCGUAUUAAUUGUUUAACUGUGAAUGGACUUCCAAAAAAAAAUUGUAAUACAUUUCCAUUGGAGGAGUUGAUUCGCCUGCGUCUGAGUUAAUUUUGGAAUACUUUCGAGUAGUUGGAAUAUGUGCUCAAUUUUUAAAUUAGCGAGUUAAUAAAGUUGUUGAACGUUUUUAAAUAAAUGUAGUUCUUUAGUCAAUUAUUAUCGGAGUUAAGAGAAUAUUUUGACGGUCAUUUUGGUUUCGAUCGCGUUAAUUGAUUUCGACUAAAAACAAUAUUUGAUACAUACAUAUCUUUACAUUGAGCAAUAUUUUUAAUAUUAGUUUUAGACGAUCUAUCUAGUUUGUGGUAAACGGAUGUGAAUCUCAAUUUCUUCUUUUUACGCGAAAGAAGAACACCUAUCCGGUGAGUUUGUGGUUUUUUAACAAUAAAAAAAAAACGUAUUUUAAAAUUAAUCUACGAUGCAGGUCGAUUGAUCACGAGUCUUUUUCGAUUGUCAAUGGCGGCGUCUCGUGCCUAUUCUAGAUGUUACACUGUGUUGUAUAACCGACGAUUGAUGGUCGUUCGUUUUCCUGUAAAUAGAAUCUCUCAUUUGCGACAUGCUGUGGGCAGUUUUCUGAUAAGCAUCACCUUUCGCUUGCGUCGCAAUACCGACGAAAAAUUAAAAUACUCUCAAUCAAUUCUCUGAUGCCGCCUCUCUGCUCAUAAAGCAUCUCGGCAAUAACUCGCAAUAAUCAGUAUUAUAAACUUUUUCGAUCGAAUACGCAAGAUGCGUUUUAUUUAAUCACUAAUAACGCCGAAAAUAUUUCGCUCGAUUACAGUGAAAAAUUGUUAAUAAAAAAUUUAGCAAAUUUCACGGUCGAAAUGAGUGCGUGAAAAUUGAACAAUGUAUUAAUAUUUAUGAAAACAUUGCGGAUGAAAGUACGCAAAUUAUUCAUAUUUUCAUUUUAAUAUUUUGUACAGGAGUCUUCAUAAAUGAUUGAUUCCCACGUCACCAAAUUUGAAAUAAACUUAGCAAAUUUGUUAUGUUUAUGUUGAUACCCAAAAAA